AUGGACGGACUCAGAUUUCGAAAUCGCGACGAGGUUGCUUUGGGUUGGGUGGAAAUUGUGAAUGCAACUCCAGAACGCCUGGACUUUGUGAAUACAGAAUUGAAGCAAGGAGACUUAGACGAGAUGAGUCUGGAAUCAUCGUCAUUGAUCGAAAGACAGGAAGGAUUGAUAGAGAUCGCCAAGCACCUCAUUCUGGACCUGCGUCAGAAAUUGAAGGAGCAAGCGAUACGCAAUGUUCAACUGAAGGAGGAAAAUACGAUACUUCGUAAGCAGUUGACUGCGUUACAGAUGACACAAACCCAAACUGAUGAAUUUCUCGGCUUUCACCGCGUCAGUGGUGGGGCUGUGUCUGUCCUGGUUCCUAGCUUUGCGGUCCUCCUCGUAGCCAGUUUAUCCUCUUCAUAG